AUGGAGAGUAUGGAAGCAAGGAAGUGGAAACUUAGAGCAAAAGAAAAUGGGUUCAGGUGGGGGAUGAUAACACUGGCUACUUUUCACAGAAUUUGUAGUGCAAGGAAACAAAGGAACACAAUAGCUAAACUUCAAAUAAGUGGUAUGGACUUCUUUGGCCAGAAUGUGAUUAAGGAAGAAAUCCGAAAUUACUACAUCAACCUCUUUUCUGCUCAUAAUAGUUCAACAAUUUCACUGGAUCAUCUCCAAUUUUCUAAAGUAGAUGAUGAUAUAAGAGUGUGGAAGGAAAGAAGUUUCACAGAGGAUGAAUUUUGGGGGUUGUCAAGAAAAUGGGUUGCAAUAAAUCACCUAGAUCUGAUGGAUUCUCUUUAUAGUUUUAUAAGAGCUGCUGGAGUACUAUCAAUGGAUUGGAGACUAAACAACUCUUUUAUCACUCUAAUUCCCACGAAAGAAGAUUCUUAUACCCCAAAGGAUUUUAGACCUUUAAGUUUGAUCAGUAGUACUUAUAAGAUUAUUUCUAAAAUACUUGUUGAAAUACUUAAAGUGGUUAUGCAAAUUUUUAUAUCUGACUAUCAAGGUGCUUUCAUUAAAGAAAAGAAAAUUCUGGAUGGUAUACUCAUUUCAAACGAGCAUGUUGAUAGUAGGAUUACAUCCAAGAAACCAGGUGUUAUUUGUAAGAUUUACAUGGAGAAGGAUUUGGAUAAUGUUUAUUCGAGUGCACUUUUUAACAUUUUAUACAUACAUGGCUCUGGUGAUAGAUGA